GAGCUAGGCAAAGGGAUGCGCAGGUUAGACGAAGGAAGAAGUGACUUAACCAAUGAGCAGUCGCUUAGAAAGGUGGAGGCGUGGUCUAAGGAACAGAUUGGCGUGGAGCCAGCCAAUGUUGUGCAGCCGCGGCUGGUGCUCCACGUCGGCAUCGGGGCGACCAAGAUGGAGGCGCUGAUCCUGGAACCAUCUCUCUACACAGUGAAAGCCAUUCUGAUUUUAGACAAUGAUGGAGACCGUCUUUUUGCUAAGUAUUACGAUGACACCUACCCCACAGUCAAGGAGCAGAAGGCUUUUGAGAAGAAUAUUUUCAGUAAGACCCACCGGACAGAUAGUGAGAUUGCCCUCUUAGAAGGCCUGACUGUUGUUUACAAGAGCAGCAUUGACCUCUAUUUUUAUGUUAUCGGCAGCUCCUAUGAAAAUGAGCUGAUGCUAAUGGCCGUGCUCAACUGUCUCUUUGACUCACUCAGUCAGAUGUUGCGAAAGAAUGUGGAGAAGCGAGCUCUCCUAGAGAACAUGGAAGGCCUUUUCCUGGCAGUGGAUGAAAUUGUGGAUGGGGGGGUGAUUCUAGAGAGUGAUCCCCAGCAGGUGCUGCAUAGGGUUGCUGUACGUGGGGAGGAUGUCCCUCUCACAGAACAGACAGUCUCACAGGUACUGCAAUCAGCAAAGGAACAGAUUAAGUGGUCCCUGCUGCGAUGAAGAACCAUGUGGGAUCUGCUCCAUUGUCCUGCUGUCCCCAGUUGACCCCCUGCCUGUUUGUCUUGCACUGACCAAAUUAUAACAUGACCACCAUUUUUGACAGA